AUGGGUGCACGGCAGCCCGCGCCCGGCCUACAAGGACGUCAUCUACAUGCUCUUGCAUUGGAGCUGGCCGCGGCUCUGGUGCUUUGUGACCGUUGUCUACUGCUCCAUCACGGUGCUUUUGGGGCUCGUCUUUUACGAAAUCUGCGACGAGUGCGACGUGUUUUCGGAAGGGCUCGGCAUGAGCUACCAAGCGUUCUCAACAAUCGGCUUUGGCAUCGUGUACCCGAUGCAUCGGUGCGGCAACUAUGUCAUCAUCGUCGAGGCGUUCGCGUCCAUGCUCAUGCUACCCGCGAUGGGCGGUCUCCUCUUCUCCAAGCUCUCGAUCCCGCGAUUGCGCAUCGCCUUUAG